CGCACUUCUUUUUUAUUUCUCUCAACUUAUUAAAAAAAAAAAAAGCAUGUCAGGAUACAAUCUUAUUUGGGUAUUUAUUGCUGCCGUGAUUGCUUCUGCAGCAUCAUAUACUUUGACUCCCAAAGGCAUUAAUCAAACUGUCAUUCGAACUAUGAUUAUCAUGUCCAUUGUGUGUUGUUAUUUGAUGUGGGCUAUCACUUAUCUAGCUCAACUUCACCCACUUAUUAACCCCAUUCGAGUUGGUCUUCGUCCACAUCAUGAAUAGAUAUUUGUAUACCAAAGAAUACAUUUAUCUUUUACACUGAAGCAGCUAGUUGUACCUUUUUUUUUUUUUUUUUUUUGUUUAUUU